UAUCAAAACAACUCCAGUGAGCCGGGCCGAGACGGAGAACGUGCUUGCUUACAGUCAGGAGCGAAAAGAUUCCACAGGGUCUUUUAUUUCUCCUUCUAGUUUUUCUGCCUCUUGUCAACAUGUCUCAGCGGAGCUUUGCUUUCACUCCAACAGCUCUGCGCUCCUUAGAGCAGGAGCGAGACCUCGUGGAGAGAAGGACACAUCAGAGGAAGCUCAUUGAGCCGACAGUCAGUGCUUACCUGCUGAGGAAGGAAGCUCGGGAAAGGGCGGUGGUGUCUAGGAACAACACGGAGGUAGCGUCAGUGCCACUGCUUUGCCGUGAUUUGGUGGUUCAGAACGCGCUAUACACAGGAGACCUGGAGGCCGUGAAGAACCUGUUUCCCAAAGGCUCACCUGAGAAACUGGUCAUCAAGCCUGAGGGAGGAGCCAUGCGCUGGGUCGCUGACGGGAGAGUGAGAGGACUGUGGUCUCUGACCUACGAGCAGGAGCUGACCACUCCUCUGCACAUCACAGCGGGCAGAGGCUUCACCGAUUGCCUGAGGCAUCUCCUCCUGAGAGGGGCUAGUGUAGAUUUUGCCCCUGUGGGCACCACUGCACUGCACGAAGCAUGCCAGGAGUGCCAGGCAGACUGCGUUAAACUGCUGCUGCAGUACGGUGCCAAUGCCAACGCCGUCAACGAGGACGGACUGAUGCCCCUGCACCUCUGCACCGAGCCCGAGUCACUGGAGUGUGCCAAGCAGGUCAUCCAGUAUGGCGCAGCCAUAAACGGCCGCAGCUUAGACGAAAAUGACAUGCCGCUGCAUGUAGCUGCACGGCACGGUCUUCUGGACCAUGUGGAUCUGUACCUGCGUCACGGUGCAGCAAUGGAGGGGCAAAAUGAUGAAGGACAAACACCCCUGAACACUGCAUGUUCACAGCCGCAUGAGCACGCUGCUCUAGAGCGCUAUGCCAAAGUGUGCAAGCGGCUGGUGGAGGCCGGGGCAGAUGUUAGCACGGGUGACGCUGACAAACACAGUCCUCUGCACAUGGCAUGCAAGAACGCCAACCCCGGGACAGUGGAGCUACUUCUGCGACACGGUGCCUCCGUCAAUGACAUGGACUAUGGAGGUGAGGCACCCCUGCAUAAUAUCCUAAAAAUGGUGGCCUAUAAGUUGGAGCAUGAACCCGAGCGGAUUGUGCAAGAACUGCUCAACUACGGAUCAAUCAGGGUGUGGCCGGGAUCUCUGCCAAAGGUCCUGAAGUAUUGCUGUAUGUCACCACGUACAAUAGAAGUGUUGCUGAAUGCAUACAGCCAUCUCAAAGUCAAUGAUAACUGGGUGGAAGCUGUUCCUCCAGAGGUGUUUCAGAAACAUCGGGACUUUUACGAGUCUGUGUUUGCCCUGGCCAAUACUCCUCGCUCCUUGCAGCAUCUGGCUCGCCACAGCUUACGCACCUAUCUAGAAGGCCGUGUGCACAAAGUGGUGCCCAAAUUAGACCUGCCCACAUUUCUGAAGGACUACUUGAUGCUGGGGUUUCGAGAUUAUGUUCACUAACUGUCUGCUGAAUCAGACGUGUACUAUCAAGCUUGACAGGCAUCAAGUGAAAAGUACAUGGAUGUCAAUUAAUCCUGUGUAAAACUGUAUAAUGAUGAUGACAGUAUGUCGGCAUGUCGUUUUUGAACUUUGUUAUUCUCUGUGCACACCGACAGAGGUGCCAAUAAUUACACUGCUACGGUGCUACAGCUGAAAUCUACACAGACACAAAAUUUCAGAUUCAUUUAAGGGGAAAUGGUGCAGAAGGUAAUCUGCUUUUUGUUCUCUUUGGUCAAUAAAAUAAAACAUUUCCAACCUUGUCUACUUAUAUAAAAACACAAGGGUUAUCACAAGGGUUAAGCCAGAAUAAAAACACGUCAAAUGAAUAAAUGUAAAUUGCCUUAAAUGAGACCCGAAUAUCAUUCAGCGCUGUGCAUAUAUUUUAAAUGAAUUUGUCUAUCUAUGUAGCAAACAAUGUUUGAGAAGUGUUUUAUUUAUUUUCAGCGUUUAAAAGACUGAUGAUGAUGAUGAUGAUGAUGAUGAUAAUGAUGAUGAUGGGGAAUUAGCUUUUAUAGAUGCUAACAAUCAUUUCCUUUUCCAUUCGCUGUUUUACUCAUGUUAAAAUAAGGUGUUAUGCUGUGUAAUUAAAGUAUUAUUUUAUGACAAAGUAGAUUUAUUUACCGUUUUGGAUGCUUUUUCAUGGAUAGAUUAAUUUUAGAUAGAUUAAUUUUCACUGACGAGCUGAUUAUUAAUGUCGACGACCUUGCGGUUAUCUUUUAGACCACAAGGGGGCGCCGUGAAUUUAGGGCUAUCACAUCUCUAUUUAGAAAGACAAUACGAAGUAUUUAAGAAAUGAAUUUAUUUGCACACUGUUAUUGACAUAUAAAUAAAAGUUUUCCGAAU